AUGACGGCCACAGCUGCGGUGGAGACACCAAAAAUGGACAAGAGUGCCUCCAAGGAAGAGAAGCAACAGCCUAAGCAGGACGGCACGGAGCAGGGCAAUGCUGACCCUGAAGAGUGGGUGAGCUCUGAGAGUGACCACGAGCAGGUGACCCUGAAAGGCGGUAACACCACCACCUGCCAACCCAAAGAUGGCCAACUCAAGAGGAAGGAGAUGCCCUCCAAGCCCCACCGCCAGCUCUGCCGAUCACCCUGCCUAGAUCGCCCAAGUUUCUCCCAGAGCAGCAUUUUACAGGACAGCAAGCUCGACUUGGAGAAAGAAUACCAAGCCAAGAUGGAUUUCGCUCUGAAGCUGGGCUAUGCAGAGGAACAGAUUCAAUCAGUGCUGCACAAGCUGGGACCAGAAUCACUUAUUAAUGAUGUCUUGGCAGAGCUUGUCAGACUUGGCAACAAAGGUGAUUCCGAAGGGCAGGUCAACCUGACUCUGGUAGUGCCUCGUGGGUCCAGCUCCAGAGAAAUUCCAAGCCCUGAAUUAUCUCUUGAAGAUGAAAUUGACAGCAGUGAUAAUUUGAGGCCAAUUGUCAUUGAUGGAAGCAACGUGGCAAUGAGCCAUGGAAAUAAAGAAGAAUUCUCCUGCCGAGGAAUACAACUUGCUGUGGACUGGUUUUUAGAUAAAGGUCAUAAAGAUAUUACUGUAUUCGUGCCUGCAUGGAGAAAGGAGCAGUCCCGCCCUGAUGCACCAAUUACAGAUCAAGAUGUUCUACGGAAACUGGAAAAGGAAAAGAUUCUUGUCUUCACACCAUCCCGAAGGGUCCAAGGCAGGAGGGUUGUCUGCUAUGAUGACCGGUUCAUAGUCAAACUGGCUUUUGAUUCUGAUGGCAUAAUUGUGUCCAACGAUAACUACCGAGACCUUCAAGUCGAAAAGCCAGAAUGGAAGAAGUUCAUCGAAGAGCGGUUGCUGAUGUAUUCUUUUGUGAAUGACAAAUUUAUGCCUCCAGAUGAUCCUUUAGGACGCCAUGGCCCAAGCCUUGAAAAUUUCCUAAGAAAGAGACCUGUCGUUCCUGAGCAUAAGAAGCAACCAUGUCCUUAUGGCAAAAAAUGCACCUACGGCCACAAGUGCAAAUACUACCACCCGGAGCGGGCCAACCAACCGCAGCGUUCGGUGGCUGAUGAGCUCCGCAUCAGUGCCAAACUGUCCACAGUGAAAACCAUGAGCGAAGGCACCCUGGCCAAGUGUGGCACAGGGAUGUCUAGUGCCAAAGGUGAGAUAACCUCAGAGGUCAAACGGGUGGCCCCCAAGCGCCAAUCCGAUCCUAGCAUCCGGUCUGUGGCUGUGGAGCCCGAGGAAUGGCUGUCCAUUGCCCGUAAGCCUGAGGCCAGUUCUGUCCCCUCGCUUGUGACCGCCCUAAGUGUCCCCACACUCCCACCCCCCAAAAGCCAUGCAGUGGGUGCACUCAACACCCGUUCGGCCAGCAGCCCAGUACCAGGAUCCUCCCAUUUCCCACACCAGAAGGCCUCACUGGAGCACAUGGCAAGCAUGCAGUAUCCUCCCAUCCUCGUUACCAACAGCCAUGGGACCCCUAUUAGCUAUGCUGAGCAAUAUCCAAAGUUUGAGUCCAUGGGGGACCAUGGCUACUAUUCAAUGUUAGGUGACUUCUCCAAGUUAAACAUCAACAGCAUGCAUAAUCGAGAGUACUACAUAGCUGAAGCAGACCGAGGGCUGUAUGCCCGGAAUCCCAACCUCUGCCCAGACAGCCGCAUGAGCCAUACCAGGAACGACAACUAUUCCUCCUACAACAAUUUGUACUUGGCUGUAGCUGAUGCCCAUUCUGAAGGCAGUUUGAAGUUGCACCGCUCAGCAUCUCAGAACCGACUGCAGCCUUUCCCUCAUGGUUACCAUGAAGCCUUAACACGAGUGCAGAGCUAUGGCCCAGAGGAUUCUAAGCAGGCCCCUCAUAAGCAGUCAGUCCCACACUUAGCUCUGCAUGCCCAGCACCCGGCAACUGGCACACGCUCCAGCUGUCCAGGAGACUACGCCAUGCCUCCCAAUAUCCAUCCCGGGGCACCUCCCCAGCCAGGCCGGGCCCUGGUGAUGACGCGCAUGGACAGCAUCUCUGACUCGCGCCUCUACGAGAGCAACCCCAUGAGGCAAAGACGACCUCCUCUGUGCCGGGAACAGCACGCCAGCUGGGACCCACUGCCCUGUGCAGCUGACUCCUAUGGCUACCACUCCUAUCCCUUGAGUAACAGCCUCAUGCAACCGUGUUACGAGCCAGUCAUGGUACGCAGCGUCCCCGAAAAGAUGGAGCAGCUUUGGAGGAAUCCAUGGGUUGGAAUGUGCAAUGAUUCCAGGGAGCAUAUGAUCCCAGAGCACCAGUAUCAGACCUACAAGAACCUCUGCAAUAUCUUCCCUCCCAACAUUGUCCUUGCAGUGAUGGAGAAGAAUCCCCACACAGCAGAUGCCCAGCAACUGGCAGCCCUGAUUGUUGCUAAGCUUAGGGCUGCACGUUGA